UUAAAUGCCUUUAAAAGCAACCAUGAUGGAUGCAAGUUUUCAUACCCUUUAAACAUUCAAGCUGGUGCUCAAUAUUAAUUAGUUCAUAUCCGAUCGACUUCACUACUUAAUAGAUCAGCAACAACAUGGCUCUGAUUGGUACGCUAGAAAAGGAUAUAGAAGUUCAGACACCUGCAGACAAAUUGUACACCAUGUUCAAGAGCCAAUGUUACCACAUACCAAACAUCUCAAAUAAUAUACAUGCAAUUGAUGUUCAUGAAGGAGAUUGGGAGAAAGGAGGCUCUGUCAAGGAGUGGAAAUAUAACAUAGAUGGGAAUGUUGAGACAUUCAAAGAGAAGGUUGAAGUAGAUGAAGAAAACAAGGCAGUAACUUUCAUUGCUGUUGGAGGACAUAUCCUGGACCACUACAAGAACUACAAAGGAACUUUCAAGUUCACCCCAAAAAUCGAAGGCGGUAAUAAUCAUCUGGUGAAAAUCACUCUGGAUUAUGAGAAACGAAAGGUUGAUGAUCCUCAUCCUCUCGACAAAUACAUGGAAUUUCUUGUUAGUCUUGUUAAAGAAGUUGAUGUUCAUCAUGUUCUCCAGGCAUGAUAUGUGUCUUUAAUAAUGUGGUAAUCUCAAAAAUAUAUAUGCUGAAGCUUGAAUAAAUUUUUAUGGUUGGUGUGCUGUGCUUUCAUUCUAGUUGUAAUCAGUGUGUAUUUUAAUAAGUACGUGAAGUUGUACUCCUUUUCAUAUGUAAAAUUAUCCUACUAGCAGAAUUGCCUGGAUUAUAUUUUCAUAAAGAAGUUUGGGAGAUCCAGGUAACUAGGCUUCUGUAAAAUAAAUCUCCCUUUGUUUGUAUCAAUUUCCAUAUUGUUUGCUUGCCAGUUAGUUGGCCAAAUUCUCUAAAUUUAUGUGUAGAGCUUGUUCUAUGUGUAGUACAUUGGCUGUUUUGGUUUGUUUGA